AUGACGAUUAAGCUAGUCAUUGGAGGAUGUACUCUGAGUGUUAUUAGUGCUUAUGCACCUCAAGUGGGCUUGGACGAGGAGGCCAAAAAGCUCUUUUAUAAGGAUUUGGAUGAGGUAGUUAGAGGUAUAAUGAUCUCCGAGAGAAUUGUCAUUGGUGGAGAUUUUAAUGGCCACAUCAGGGCAACUUCUAGUGGCUUUGAUGAUGUUCAUGGAGGCUUUGGUUUUGGGGAGAGAAAUGGAGGUGGAACUUCGCUUCUGGAUUUCGCUAAAGCCUUUGAGUUGGUGAUUGCUAACUCAUGCUUUCCGAAGAAGGAGAACCACAUGGUUACCUUUCGUAGCUCGAUAGCUAAGACUCAGAUAGAUUACUUACUCCUUAGGAAGGGUGAUAGAGGUCUCUGUAAGGAUUGCAAGGUUAUCCCAAGUGAAAAUUUUACUACCCAACACAAGCUUUUGGUGAUGGACCUGGAUAUUAAGAGGGAUAGGAGGAAGAAUAUUGUUUUUGAUCGACCGAGGAUUAAAUGGGGUGGCUUGACCCCUGCCCUUUCUCGGGAGAUGGGCGAGAAGUUGAUUGGGAUGGGGGCUUGGAGUGGUAGUGGGGAUGCGGACACCAUGUGGAAUAAAGCAGCUAGUUGCAUUAGGGAAGUUGCUUCAAAGGUGUUAGGGAUAUCUAGGGGUAACUUUGGAGGCAAUAAAGGAGAUUGGUGGUGGAAUGAGGAAGUUCGAGGCAAAGUGGAAGCAAAGAAGGCGGCAUACACAAAGUUGGUGGAGUGCGUAGAUGAGGAAGAGAAGCGGACGCUUAAGAAGGUUUAUAAGAUGACAAAGGUAGAAGCUAAGUUAGCAGUUAUGAAGGCUAAGACGACAGCUUUCGAACGCUUGUAUGUCGAGCUGGAGGACAAAAGUGGGGAUAAGAAAUUGUAUAGGCUCGCAAAAGCAAGAGAGAGGAAGGCUCGCGACUUGGACCAAGUGAAGUGUAUCAAGGAUGAGGAAGGCAAAGUAUUAGUGGAAGAGACCUCCAUCAAGCAAAGAUGGCGAAGAUACUUUCACAAACUUUUAAAUGAAGAAGGGGACGGAGACAUUGUGUUGGGUGAUUUGGUGCACUCUGAAAGACUUCGGGACUUUGGGUACUGUAGGUGUUUUAGGAUCGAGGAGGUUAUACGUGCUAUUAGUAGGAUGGGCAGGGGAAGAGCGACCGGACCCGAUGAGAUUUCAGUGGAAUUUUGGAAAAGCACGGACAAGGUAGGUAUAAAGUGGCUAACUGGGCUGUUUAAUGUUAUUUUUAAGACAUCAAAGAUGCCUGAUGAAUGGAGGUGGAGUACAAUGGUUCCGUUGUAUAAAAACAAGGGUGAUAUCCAAAACUGUAACAACUACAGGGGUAUCAAACUGCUAAGCCAUACUGUGAAGAUUUGGGAAAGAGUGGUGGAGAUGAGGGUGAGAAGAGGGGUGUCCAUUUCUGAGAAUCAGUUUGGAUUCAUGCUGGGACGAUCGACUACCAAAGCCAUUCAUCUUAUGCGAAGACUGGUAGAAAAAUAUAGAGAAAGGAAGAGAGACCUACAUAUGAUGUUCAGUGACCUUGAAAAAACCUAUGACAAAGUACUGAGGAAUGUCCUCUGGAGGUGCUUGGAGGCUAAAGGUGUCCCGAUGAUUUAUAUUAGGGCGAUAAAGGACAUAUACGGUGGAGCCAAGACUCGGGUUAGAACGGUUGGAGGAGACUCAGAAUAUUUCCCAGUUGAGAUGGGGCUGCAUCAGGGAUCAGUCCUUAGCCCUUUUCUUUUUUGCUUUGGUGAUAGAUGA